AUGGCUUGCGAUGGAGACUAUGAAUCUAGAAUCACACCUUGUUGGGGCCACCCAAGAGUGGCAGAAUUCAUGGCCAGAAGCUGCAACAACCUUGGGACAGCGAAAGAAGGAAUCCAGAAAGUGGAAGGACUCAGAAUCAGAGCCAACAGAACAACUUGGGAAGACGCGGAGUCAAAAAGACACAAACUAAUGCCAAAUACCCCUUUCUCGACUCACCUCCGGGACAUCUUGCUGGACGGAAUCAGAGCCGGAGAAAACCUCGACAUGGAAGGGAACGAACGAGCCGGAGCAGAAAAUUUCUUCCCCAACGUCUGGACUCAAACACAACAGACUCUCGAAGAUCGGAUGGCACGACUAGAGCUCCUUAAAGCCGACAACUAG